AAGUUGCUAUAAAAAGGGCUUCCACUUACAGUGACCCUGCUGGAUAUUGUUGUUGUUGGUCGGUUCAGAGAUAAAUAACAAUCUUUCUUUCUAUCCUCUGCACUUUCUGCACUCUCCUUCUACUAUUUUAUUCUCUCUCACCCCCUUAACCCUUCUGUCUUCUCUCUCUUUUUCUCUCUGAUACAAACCCUACAUCCAGUGCCCCUUUGGCGAGCCCCCAUACUCUGCAUCUCUCUUUUCUCACCUUCCCCAUUCUCAUCUUUCAUGGAUGUGGACAUAGUGAAGGCUUCCGCGUGUGACACCACCAACAUGGACGUGAUGGCAAUGAUGAUGCAAAUGGAAAAGUUCUCCGAAUUCUGCGACCCUUUUUAUACUACCACCCCACCUUACACAGAACCCGACAUGUUAUCCAGUGGAAGCUCCUCUACAAGUGUUUCCACCAUUUUCAAUAACGGAACUCCACCGACUCUCGUUGAUCCACCACCGCCAAAUGUUCUCAAUUUUUCCAACAAUGACAACGGCCUUAUCCAGCAACCUAUGACACCCUCUCUCCACCCCGCACAGCCUAGCACCACUUCCUUUCCCCACCCUUCUGAGAAGAAAAACUCUAUGGCGGCGAUGAGGGAAAUGAUAUUCAGAAUAGCGGUGAUGCAACCUAUUCACAUAGACCCUGAAUCCAUAAAGCCACCGAAGCGAAGGAACGUGAAGAUUUCAAAGGAUCCGCAGAGCGUGGCGGCGAGGCACAGAAGGGAAAGGAUAAGCGAGAAGAUAAGGAUUCUGCAGAGAUUAGUCCCAGGUGGCACCAAGAUGGACACGGCUUCGAUGCUGGACGAGGCCAUUCACUACGUCAAGUUCUUAAAGAAACAGGUCCAGACACUGGAACAGGCUGGGGCAAGUAGACAACACAAUCACAAUACUGUUGCUGCUGUCGGUUUUCCAAUAGGGAUGUCUAACUCCAACAACGUUAACUAUUCUUCUUUGUUAAUGAAGGGUUGCCAACCUUGUCAAGUUUUCGGUUCUACUUCCAAACAAUUGCUCAGCUAAUUCAUAAACUGAAAGAAGAUGUAAGAGAGAGUUAAUUUUCUUGUUUUCUGAUGGGAAGCAACGACUUCUGUGUACUGUUAUGCAUGGUUUGGUGGGCCAUCAAGAAAAUGUUUAUCCAUGUUAUAUAUGGCCAUUGUUAUGGUGAUUUUCUUUUGCUUUUGCAAUUGGCGAUGCUGGUAAUCCAAAUUUCAAUAACCAAAUGGAUCAAUUUGUUCUA